AUGUCAACACGCACCGAAAAGUUCCAGCGCAAGCCAAGGGAUCCUACCUCUGAUAUAUCAGAAGCUGCAGAAGCUGAAGAAAUCCUAAGAUUUCCACCCGAAGAAGAAGCUUCUCUCCUCGCUGAAUCUAACACCCUUAAAGCUACUGCAAAUAAUCUAUUUUCUAAGAAAUCCUACAAAGAAGCUAUCGAUACAUAUGGAAGCGCACUAUCAACUUGUCCGAAAUAUUUAGAAUACGAAAGGGCGGUAUUGAAGAGUAAUGUUGCGGCUUGUCAUUUAAAAUUAGAGAAGUGGAAGGAAGCUGCCAAAGCAAGUUCAGAAGCUUUAGAAGGGUUGGAAAGAUUACAGAAAAAAGAGGCAGAAGAGAAAGACGAGGAUGGAAAUGAGGACGCAAAGAAAGAGGAGGUGAAGGAAGAAGAAGAAGCUGAUGAGGAAAUCAUAAGUGAAGGAGCUACAAAAGCGGAGGAUAUGAGAGGAAAGGAUAUUGAUGAUGCGAAAGAGACUCGAGCAAAGGAUAUUGAGAGGAUAAAAGCGAAAGCUUUGAUGAGGAGGGCGAGGGCUAGAAGUGAACAGGAUGGAUGGUCUACUCUAGCUGGUGCUGUGGAAGGUACAUUCGGAAAUGGCAUAUUAAGUCCAUUCGGAUUAUCUACAGAUAAUUUUCAAAUGGUCAAAGAUGAGAAAACUGGUGGGUAUAGUAUGAAUUUCAAUCAAGGUGGGAAUUCGUGA